AUGAAUAGGAUUCUGGCUUGCAGAGAACUCAGAGCCAGAGCGCCCCAGACAGCCUUGAGCUGGUUCAGUUCAUUAAACAUCUCAAGAUCUGUUCAUGGGUUACCAUUUGCAACCGUUGAGGCGGAAGAGAUAUCUGGUUCACAGCCUGCUGAAGGGAAAUGGAAGAAAACUGCUAGAUGGAACACAAUUUUGGAUCCUUUAAAUGGGGAACCAUUCAUUAAAGUUUGUGAAGUAGAUGAAACAGGAAUUCAGCCGUUUGUUGAGAGCUUGUCCAAGUGCCCGAAACAUGGCCUUCACAAUCCAUUCAAAGCACCAGAGAGGUAUCUUAUGUUUGGGGACAUAUCUGCAAAGGCAGCUCACAUGCUUUCGUUGCCAAAGGUUUCUGAUUUCUUCACAAGAUUAAUACAAAGGGUUGCUCCAAAGAGUUACCAGCAGGCUUCUGGUGAAGUUUAUGUUACUCAAAAAUUUCUGGAGAAUUUUGCCGGUGAUCAGGUCCGCUUCUUAGCAAGGUCUUUUGGGGUUCCUGGAAAUCAUCUUGGACAGCAAAGCCAUGGUUUUCGUUGGCCUUAUGGUCCUGUGGCAAUUGUUACUCCCUUUAAUUUUCCUCUAGAAAUUCCUGUACUUCAGUUGAUGGGUGCACUUUAUAUGGGUAACAAGCCAAUCCUCAAAGUGGAUAGCAAGGUAAGCAUUGUUAUGGAGCAAAUGAUGAGGCUGCUUCAUUACUGUGGGUUACCAAUAGAGGAUGUUGAGUUCAUCAAUUCGGAUGGGAAGACAAUGAACAAGCUACUAUUGGAGGCCAAUACACGAAUGACCCUCUUCACUGGUAGCUCAAGAGUGGCAGAAAAAUUAGCUCUAGACUUGAAGGGUCGUGUUAAGUUGGAAGAUGCAGGAUUUGACUGGAAGAUCUUAGGGCCUGAUGUUCAGGAGGAAGACUAUGUUGCAUGGGUCUGUGAUCAGGAUGCAUAUGCAUGCAGUGGUCAGAAGUGCUCUGCACAAUCGAUGCUCUUCAUACACGAGGUAAGCCUCUCCAAUUUUAAACCUUCUGUUUACAGUCCUGCUGAGAAUUGGAAGUCAGUCAAGGGUGGUGCAGGCGUGAGUUGCAGCUUGAGGUGGAGGUGCAUGUCCAUGUGCUCAGAGUUGCACGUGCCUUUGAAAUAUUGUAGCAACAAGUGGAGACUUGGAGUAGUCAUGAGUAGUAUUGGCUCAAGGUGCUCACAGUUGCGUAUGUUCCUCGAUACAGUCAAGCAUACUAUGUGGUUAUCUUGGGGAGAUAUCUAUCUUACAUCCUGUUCUGUGGCUUACAUGCCAUCAAACUGGUCUAAGACUUCACUUCUAUCCAAAAUGAAAGAUCUGGCUGAGAGAAGGAACUUAGAAGAUUUAACCAUUGGCCCUGUCCUUACAGUCACAACUGAAACAAUGCUAGAACACAAGAAUAAAUUGCUUCAGAUAUCAGGUUCAAAGCUACUCUUUGGGGGUGAACCCUUAAAGAACCAUUCCAUUCCACCCAUAUAUGGUGCCAUAGAACCUACAGCCAUUUAUGUUCCACUUGAAGAAAUACUGAAGGGAAAUAAUUUUGACCUUGUGACAAGAGAAAUUUUUGGGCCAUUUCAGGUUGUCACCGACUAUAGGAGUGAUCAACUCCCACUGGUGUUGGAUGCUGUAGAAAGGAUGCAUGCACAUUUAACAGCUGCUGAAGUUAUUGGGAACUCGGUAAACGGGACUACUUAUGCUGGACUGAGAGCAAGAACAACUGGAGCUCCACAGAAUCACUGGUUUGGACCAGCUGGAGACCCAAGGGGAGCUGGCAUUGGGACCCCAGAAGCAAUAAAGCUCGUCUGGUCAUGCCAUAGAGAAAUCAUCUAUGAUGUUGCCUACCAUCUCUCUGCUCUUGCUGCCGCCGCACUUAGGCUGAAAGCUCCUCGCUUCUUCAGGCUCGCGAGUCCAUCUGUAUCCCUUUCCUUAUUUUCAGUCAUGUCGUUGCUCGAAGUCAUUGCAAAGGCCUCCGCCAAAUCUCAAACUCAACAUGUCCCAUCAGACUACCCCAUUGUUCUUGACCCAGAUUCUAUUUUUGCCAAACUGACGCCCAAACUUGAUGACCCAAAUCCCAUGUCAGUUGCAAUCCCCUUGAGCGGAUGGCAAAUUUCACAAACCGACUCUGAGAUCAUGGAGUUGGGAAAGAAAUUCUUCACCAAGCUUAAAAAGAAGCUCAAAAACCCGAAUAAUUUUGCUAAAGCCGAGUUUUUGGCAACCUUGAAUCCAUUUCUUGAGAGUAUUAGGGAAAAAGUUGGGAUUUCGAUUGGGGUUGAUUCGUCUAAUGAUGCGUAUACCCAGAUUUUGAUGAAGAAAGUUGGGUCUUUCAUGGGCAAGGACGUUGCUGGUUUGGUUUUGGAUGCCUGCGUUGGUUUGGAGAUUUGGGAAUUGGUAGGUAGUUUGAUUGCAAAUGGGCUUUUGCCAAAUGCUUGUUAUCAGAAUUUGGUUCCAAAAGUUGUGGCAAAGAGGAGGUCAGAUUUGCUGUGUCUUUGUGUUAAGCAUGCAUCGGAUCUUGGGUCAUCUGAGUUGCUCCUGAUCUUGAAGUACUUUCUUGAUCCACCUAAAGAUGGUUAUACUAGCACUGUGGAUGUGAGGAAGGAAUGGGAGAGCCAAGCCUUGUCAGCUGCUGAGAAGGCCACUGAUAAGACUCUCUCCGGGAAGAAACUAGGCAUUGCGAAAGAGGCUGCAGUUUUGCUUAUGGUGGCAUAUGAUGGGUUCUCUUCUGCAGAACUCUGCCUGCAUUAUCUAUUGGCAUCAAAGAAUCUUGAUGAAGUGAUGUUGUCAGCCGCGAUCAGUAAGUUGAGUGGUAGAGAGAUGAAGAGUUUACUCCGGUAUCUGGGGAAGUGGCUGAAGAAGUAUGAGAGGUUUCCUCAGGUAGGUCCCUGUCACAAGGCAUCAACAGCAUUGGGUUUGAAGGCGUGUGAUUGGGUUCCUAAACUUGAAGAUGUUGCGAAAUGCAUUGGGGUGCUGCUGGAUGAGAAUUACUCUGCAUUGGUGUUGCAUCUGGAGUUUCACGACGAGCUGAGAUCUAUAAACGAAGUGGUUGCAUCCUUGACCUUGGAAGCAAGGUUCUGCUGUUCUGUGGCCAGUGCAGCUGAUACGUUGAAGGCUGAAGUUUAA